CUAGGAUCACAGGCAAGAGCCACUGAGCCCAGCCUCCUUUUCAGAAAUACUCCUCUGAGGAUUCUGUGUGUACUGUACUGCAAACAGUUUAGUGAUGGUGAAGAACAUUUAUCAUUGCAUUAGAGUUGUAGGUUACUUUCUGAUACAAGUUUAUUCUAUUUUCUUUAGUUUCUAUCUGAUACAUGUUUGAAUGGGGAGAAUGAUGUGGGGACAUUUAUGCUAUUGUCAAGGCAGGGGUAAAAUUUAACCAAGAUGAGACACUCAAAGAGAACUUACUAUUCUGAGUGGGAAGAAAAGGACUGGGAUUGUGGAAAAUGGAGGAGCAGCAGCGGUCAUAAAAGAAAGAAGAGAUCACAUAGCAGUGCUCGGGAGAAUAAGCGCUGCAAAUACAAUCACUCUAAAACAUCGGACAGCCAUUAUUUGGAAAGCAGGUCUAUAAAUGAGAAGGAUUAUUAUAGUCGGCGCUACAUUGACGAAUACAGAAAUGACUACAGUCAAGGAUGUGAACUUGGACAUCGCCAUAGAGACCAUGAAAGCAGAUAUCAAAACCAUAGUAGCAAGUCAUCUGGUAGAAGUGGAAGAAGUAGUUAUAAAAGCAAACACAGGAUUCACCACAGUACUUCACAUCAUCGUUCACAUGGGAAGAGUCACCGAAGGAAAAGAACCAGGAGUGUAGAGGAUGAUGAGGAGGGUCACCUGAUCUGUCAGAGUGGAGACGUACUAAGUGCAAGAUAUGAAAUUGUUGAUACUUUAGGUGAAGGAGCUUUUGGAAAAGUCGUGGAGUGCAUUGAUCAUAAAGCGGGAGGUAGACGUGUAGCAGUAAAAAUAGUUAAAAAUGUGGAUAGAUAUUGUGAAGCUGCUCGCUCAGAAAUACAAGUUCUCGAACACCUAAAUACAACAGACCCCAAUAGUACUUUUCGAUGUGUCCAGAUGUUGGAGUGGUUUGAGCAUCAUGGUCACAUCUGCAUUGUGUUUGAACUACUGGGACUUAGUACUUACGACUUCAUUAAGGAAAAUGGUUUUCUACCAUUUCGACUGGAUCAUAUCAGGAAGAUGGCAUAUCAGAUAUGCAAGUCUGUGAAUUUUUUGCAUAGUAAUAAAUUGACUCACACAGACUUAAAGCCUGAAAACAUCCUAUUUGUGCAGUCUGACUACACAGAGGUGUAUAAUCCCAAAAUGAAACGUGAUGAACGUACCUUAAUAAAUCCAGAUAUUAAAGUUGUAGACUUUGGAAGUGCGACCUAUGAUGAUGAGCAUCACAGUACGUUGGUAUCUACGAGACAUUACAGAGCACCUGAAGUUAUCUUAGCCUUAGGGUGGUCUCAGCCGUGUGACGUCUGGAGUAUAGGAUGCAUUCUUAUUGAAUACUAUCUUGGGUUUACAGUAUUUCCAACACAUGAUAGUAAGGAGCAUUUAGCAAUGAUGGAAAGGAUUCUUGGACCUAUACCAAAACACAUGAUACAGAAAACCAGGAAACGUAAAUAUUUCCAUCAUGAUCGAUUAGACUGGGAUGAGCACAGUUCUGCUGGCAGAUACGUGUCAAGGCGCUGUAAACCUCUGAAAGAAUUUAUGCUUUCUCAGGAUGCUGAACAUGAACUUCUCUUUGACCUCAUUCAGAAAAUGUUGGAAUAUGAUCCAGUCAAAAGAAUUACUCUCAAAGAAGCUUUAAAGCAUCCUUUCUUUGACUCAAUGAGAAAAACUCAGUAGAUCUAUAAUUGUGUUCAGCUCUCUUGAAGAGAUCUUACAAAGUGGACUGUAUCAGUCUAAUUUUAAAAUACUAAGUUAUUUUGUAUAGCUUUGUAAAUUUCUUAACAUUUUUAUAUCAUUGCCAUGUUUAUUUUGUUUGGAUAAUUUGAUUUAAGUACAUAGCUCAGUAUAGUAAUGAACUUCUUUUUCAGUAAUUAUAAAAUGAUUUCUUCAGAAUAAACUUUGUGCUUAUGAAA